AUGGCUGCAGAGAUGGUUGAUUUCAUCAUCGUCGGUGGCGGUAAAAAUGAAGAAAAAUCGCAUCGCGUGAUCUGUAAGCGAUGGAUGACGUUCCAAGAAGAGUCAAUGAAUUGGGGGUACGGGACUGCUCCCCAGGAUGGGUGUGAUGGACGUAUCCUAGACUAUUCGCGCGGCAAGGGACUAGGCGGUGGUUCUUCGAUUAAUUUUGGCAUAAAUACUAGCGGGGCGAGGGAUGAUCAUGAGUCUUGGCCGGAGAUUGUGGGGGAUGAGGGGUUUGGGUGGGAGGAGAUGAAGAAGCGAUUCAAGAAUCUUGAGACGUUUGGGUUGGGGGCUUGUUGUAGCGAAGAGGGGAAGAGGUAUGGGAAUCCUGUUGUUGGCGAUCAUGGUGAUGAAGGUGCGUUGAAGGUUGGAUUUGCGAAAAAGUGGGAGAUGGAUUUAGUGCCUUUGAUGGAUUCUUUCGAGGAGGCGGGGUUGAAGAGGAAUUUGGAUCAUAAUUCUGGGGAUCCGCUUGGUAUGGCGUUGUAUGUUCAUUCUGCUGGGGAUGGGGUGAGAAGCACAGCGAAGGAUCUACUGGUUGAUGCACCGAACAAUUUGGUUGUUGUUAAAGAUACUCCUGUUCAACGGAUUCUGUUUGAGGGGAAAAGGGCUGUGGGCAUUCAGACGAGAGGAAUAAAAUGUGAGUAUACAUUGUUGACGAGAAUUAGAUAUGAGUUGACAGUGGGACAUCGUGCUGAUACCAUUCAAUGA